CCUCCGCCCUGCCCCUCUCCAUCCCCAUCUCCAUCCGCCCUCCAGCUUUUCCUCCCGGCACACCGCAGUUCCGGGCGGUGAGAGUGCUGCGAGGGGGCUGAACUCCACCUCGAGUCGCGGCGGCGCCUCCUCAGCCUUCGAGCCCCGAGGCGCGUCCUGCCCGGCGGGCACGCUGCGGGGAAACAGAAUGAGAAUGGUUUUCGUUGGAAGGCACCUUAAAGCCCAUCCAGUUCCAACCCCCCUGCCAUGGGCAGGGACAUCCCACAGAUCAGGCUGCCCAAGGCCCCGUCCAGCCUGGCCUUGAACACCUCCAGGGAUGGGGCGGCCACAGCUUCCCCGGCCAACCUGGACCACUGCCUCGCCACCUUCAUCAUGAAGAUAUUCUUCCUAAUGUCCAGCCUAAAUCAUCCCCCUUCUGAUUUAAACCCAUUCCCCCUCGUCCUAUCACUCCAUGCCCUUUUAAAAAGUCCCUUCCCAGCUUUCCUGGAGCCCCUUCAGGUACUGGAAGCUGCUGUAAGGUCUCCCUGGAGCCUUCUCCAGGCUGAACAAGCCCAAACUCUCAUCAUAUCCUCAUAGCAGAGGUACUCCAGCCCUUGGAUCAUCUUUGUAGCCUCCUCUGGGCUCAUUCCAGCAGUUCCGCAUCCUUAUGUUGGGGAUUGUAGGACUGGACACAACACUGAAUGCUGUAUGUUGUGUGUGGGCAUGGCUGAAAACUUCAGGGAUUCUGUCUUUGACCUGAGAGAGUUUAAAAAAUGAAGACAAACCAAAAUCCCCACCGCCCUUGUUUUGAAGAACACUGACACCCAGCCUGCUGUAACUGGACAGCCCCGGCCAUUGCUUUCUGUUGCAGAACACCCAGGCCUCUCACCACCUAAGGCGUUCACUGCACCCCACGAUAAAGGUCAGCCUUGGCGCUUCGGAAGGUCAAACUUUGCACCUAGCAGAAGCCCAGCUCUCCUGGUAUGCUGGCAGUUUCUUCUGAAUUGGAUGUGUCCCAGUAAAGAUGAUAAAACAUAGGAAUGGAAAAUACAAGAAGUUCCAACAGAUGGAGCUGCCUGGCCUUGCUUUUGCUGUUUGGAUAUUUAUUUGCUUCUGUGCAAAUAAGCAUUCAGUGGAUGGCUAUCCAAGUGGAAAAGUAAGAGGAGCCUGCACUAGCAUGGUACCCUGUCAUGGUAGCUCUCCGCAGCCAUCACCUCAGCACACCAUCACAGUGAAUGGAACUGAAUUUAAACGAGGGGACAGCAUAGAAGUUCAUCUGUCUGGACCAGAUUUUGAAGGAUUUUUCAUACAAGCCCGAAAUGCAGAAGACUUGGAUAGUCCUGCAGUUGGUUCUUUCAUAUUAGUUGACCGUAGAUCUUCUCAGCUUCUGACAUGUGGCCGUACCAAGAAUUCAGCUGUCAGUCACACAAGUAAAGCAAAAAAGAAAUCUAUCAAAGUUUAUUGGAUUGCUCCUGAAGAUGCACCAAAACGUGUACAGUUUCUAGCCACGGUUGUGAAGAAAUACAAGACUUAUUGGGUGAAGAUUCCUGGUCCUGUUGUAUCUCAGCCUCACGCACUAUCCCCAACAACACCCUUGCCUGUAACAUCAAAGGCUGUAUCAACUUCACACCCACUUUCCUACUUAUCAAAACCAUUUAAUGCGUCUGGUUGUGGAAGUCUGAAAUUCUGCAUUAGGAGCCCUUCAAACUGUGAUCCUGGAAGUGCUUCCUGUUUUUUUCUAUCCUUCCAACAAGAGAAGAGCUCAGUAUUUUUUGAAAUGAGUGGCCCAAGUGAAGGGUAUUUAGCAUUUGCGUUGUCCCAUGACCAGUGGAUGGGUGGUGAUGAUGCAUAUCUGUGUGUUAACGAGGACCACCGCAUUCACAUAAGCACUGCCUGUCUGAAGGGGCGAAGUCCUCCUGUUUUGGAUUCAGAGAAUGCCCUUGAAGGGGUUUCAUGGAGGCUCGCGGAUGGUCUUCUUCAAUGUUCUUUCAGAAGACCUAUUUAUCUUCCUGCUUAUAAAGCAAGAUUUGAUCUCGAUGCCAGUUACUACAUCUUUCUGGCAGAUGGGGAAGCUAGUGAAGGUGGACUAAUAUACAAACAUCAUCGUCAGCCUCUGAUCACCUAUAGAAAAUACAAUGUCACAGGCCUUCCUGAGGAUAUUGGAGGUUCUCGGUCCCCACGACUUAUCAAGGCUCAUGGAGCCCUAAUGUUUGUUGCUUGGAUUACUACAGUUAGUAUUGGUGUCAUUGUUGCACGAUUCUUCAAACCUGUCUGGUCUCAUUCAUUCCUUUUUGGAAAGGAGAUGUGGUUUCAGGUGCAUCGUAUGCUUAUGUUGACCACAGUCAUGCUUACAAGCAUUUCUUUUGUGUUGCCUUUUAUAUACCGAAGAGGCUGGAGCCAACAAGCAGGUUUUCAUCCCUAUCUCGGCUGUACCGUGAUGGCUCUGACAAUCUUUCAACUGCUUAUGGCAGGUUUCAGACCAUCUCGUCAUGCGCCAAGGAGGCAAGUAUUUAAUUGGUUUCACUGGAGUACUGGUACAACAGCUAGAAUACUAGCUGUGGUGACUGUGUUCUUGGGAAUGGAUCUACCAGCACUUGACCUACCAGACCCAUGGGACACCUAUACAAUGAUUGGAUUUGUAGCCUGGCAUGUCGGUAUUGAUGUGCUUCUGGAAAUACACAGCUACUGUCUCAUAUGCAAAGUUGAAGUGAUAGAGGAUGACAGAGUACAGAUACUGCAGUCGCUCACAUCUGCAGAAGCAGAGGGUCUUCUGUUUAAACGGAUCGUGUUAACCAUCUAUGUCUGUGGAAAUAUAGCAUUUCUCACUGCCUUCCUGGUGGCAGUCAGCCAAAUAUGAAAUAAGUCAUUGACAAUUUUGUGAUGAAAAGUUGUGCAGUUGGAAAAAACAGCAAGAAAUGCUUUCUAUGACAGUUUUUCCCUCAACACCUCCUUGAAGAUGUAAUUGAAGAAUAAUAGCACGCGCGUCACGUUUGGUGUUAGGGAGAGCUUGAAUGAAAAUCUAUAGAAGGAUGCUGCAGUCCGGCAAAAGCUAUCUUCUGAUGGGAAUUUAAUGGGAGUCUUUGCCCCAGUAAGGAAUGAAGUCUCUGUUUUUAAGUGCAGUAAUUAACCUGAUUGAAGCUCAUAGGUUAGGACGACUGAGAUGAUGUGCUGAAAAUGCUGUUUUAAUAGUCAUUUCCCUAAAGUUUUCGUGGAUAUCAGUGGGAAAGCUGGAAAGAUGGAUCCAGAAUCUGUCAUAUCUCUUCACUUCACCGUGUUAUAACGGCAUGUAAUGUGACAACUUCCUGCUCAUGACAGUUCUGUGCAUAAAAAAACCAACAAUCCCCAAACCAGCAACAACAAAAACUUUAUGAAAAAAUGUCACAAAUGCAGGCUGAUACAUGAGCUAAAUGCUAUUGUCUGCCUUUGCAGGUAAAUGCAAAAUUACUCUCUCUGCUCUAAGAGCAGUGCGCUUACACAGGUGCAUAGGUCUGGGAACUUCAGUCCUUUAGUAGAACCACUAUUUACCUUGCUCAAAAUACUGUUGUGUCCCAUCCAUCUCAGUGUUUCUAAACCAUAAAGAGAAGAUGUGUUUGCAGUGUAAGUACAUUAAAACUAGUUGUAUUUAGCCAAAGCUCGAAGUGGGAGAACCUAUCUGUGUGUAUGGAUUUCUGUGUUUUGCUGUCUUUAGUUGCUUGUGGCUUCUGAAUUACUUUCCUCUGUGGAUAGAUUUAUUAGAUGCUUAAAUGGAAGUGAAACUCUUCUGAAUUACUUUCCUCUGUGGAUAGAUUUAUUAGAUGCUUAAAUGGAAGUGAAACUAUUUGCUCAGCAGUUGUAUUUGCACUAUUGAGCAAAAUGUAGAUUAGGGAUUAGUUUGACUUCAGGGAAAGCAGCUUCUGUUAAUGUUAAUUGAGAGUCCAUUGAGCUGCCAUGUCUAGGAGACAGGAAUGUCUUUAAGAAUAUGGGAGGGCAUUUUUUUAGUCAAUAAAAGAUUUAUCUAAAUGAAUGAACUACGUAUGGGAAAUGGAAAGAGACUGUAUUGUUUAACUUUUUGGUUCAUGGUUUGCCUAAGUAUGUGAAGACACUCUUGAAAUGGCACCUUAGAAAUGAACCCUUCGUAUGCUGUGCAGUACAGUGAUUUGCAUUUGUUUUUGUAGUUCUGAACAUUUUUUGCUUCCACACUUCUUCAUUUUUUAUAUUGGAAGGUAUUGAUUUUUAGUUGUAAUGCUAUGAAAUAUAUCUUCAGCCUGGGGCUACUAAGCUAGCUGAGAAGAAAGGUGUUGAAGUAUUGGAUAGAAUAGUAAAUAGUGAGGCUUGGCUUGGUGUAUACUAUUAUAGCCACAUCUCUUUCAUAUCCAGCUUUAAAAUACUUGUGCAUGUGGGUCAGAUAGUGGUUCUCUCCAUUUACUAAAGCUGUCUAUUUCUGUCUCUCCCUCCAUUUCCUCAAAUUCACAAUGCAGCCCGUAUCAGGGACAAGUCAUACUUGAAAGCUACAGGUUUGCAGUCAGUGAUCUUUCUGGCUGCUCAAGUAACUGCUUUAGCCAUAAGAGCAUUCAUAGAGAUAGGGCUGAUCUCUUUGUCAGCACUGAGGGCAGAAUGGAAAGUGUCAGUUGAAUUGUUCCCCUUCUUCCGGGAAGCUGGAGGAGUUGUGUAGAUUGGGAAAGGGGGACUAUGGAGAAAUAUGGCAAAAAGCAAGAUGAAGGGGAAGAGGCAUCUGGCUAGUUGUGUGGAUUUGUGUUUUUUUUUUAGAGAACUCUGAUCUCAAAAGCCUGGAAUCAGAGGCUAAUCUACUGCUAAGGUUUUUGGGGGACUCUUGUAAACAAUGAGUUUGCAUAAGAAAAUCUCUCAACCUAGGAACCAUCAAUGGCUUUUUAAAUUACAGGCAAUGCUCUAUCUUUUUGUGGUACAAUAGCUGUACAGCGUGUUGUUUCAUUUGCAUGUGAACACAGGGUUUUUAAAAACAUGCAUGUAAAUAUCUUAAUAAAAGCUUUUGUCUCUUUUAGUAAGGUGAAAACACUAUCGAAUAGAAACUAGAAAAGAAUAAUCUUGCUUAGCAGCAAAAUGGAUUGUCUGUUUUCUUUGUUGAUGAUGGAUGUUUCCUAAAUUAAAUUAAAGCUACCUAAAGGCUUCCUUGGAGAAAUUCUUGCUGAAAUUGACAAGCUGAAGAAGUGGCCUGUGAGAACCUCAUGAGGUUCAACAAAGCCAAGUGCAAGGUCCUACUCCUGGGUUGGGGCAAUCGGGGACAAUGUGAUUGAGAGCAGCCCUGUAGAGAAGUACUUGGGUGUGCUCAUUGAUGAGAAGGUUGACAUGAGCUGGCAGUGCAAGCUGGCAGCCCAGAAGGCCAACCGUAUCCUGGGCUGUGUCAAAGGAAGCGUGGCCAGCAGGUCAAGGGUGGUGAUUCUCCCCCUCUACUCUGCUCUUGUGAAACCCCACCUGGAGUAUUGUGUCCAGUUCUGGAAUUCCCAAUAUAAGAAGGAUAUGGAACUGUUGGAAUGGGUCCACAGGAGGCCAUGAAGAUGAUUAUGGGGCUGGAGCACCUCUGCUAUGAGGACAACCUGAGAGAAUUGGGGUUGUUCAGCCUGGAGAAGAGAAGGUUCUGAGGAAACCUAUAGUGGCCUGCCAGUACCUGAAGAGGAAGCAUAAAAGAAAGCUGGAGGGGAACUUUUUACAAGGGCAUGAAAUGAUAGGAUGAGGGGGAAUGCAUUUGAAUUGGAGGGGGGAAGAUUUAGACUGGACACGAGGAAAUUCUUCACGACAAGUGAGGCACUGGCACAACUUGGCCAAGAAAGUUGUGGGUGCUCCCUCCCUGGAGGUGUUCAAAGCCAAGCUGGAUGGGGCCUUCAGCAGCCUGGUCUAUGGGAGGUGUGCCUGCCCGUGGCAGGGGGUUGGAACUGCAUUUUAAGGUCCCUUCCAACACAAAGCAUUCCCUGAUUCUAUGAAUAUUUUCUGUAUUUAAUGUAGAAUUUCUUUUCGUCAAGAAGAAAAAUUAUUGUUCCACAUCUAAUACAGCUUGAAAGUUGGCAAAAUUGUCAGUCGCUAUUUGUAUGACUUGGUCCUUCCCACUGCUGGCAAUAUUGCAUAGUUUCUUAUGUGAGUUUUUAUGUGUGGUAUUGUAACUUAUUUGAUGGAAAGAUUUGUUAAUUUUAUGCAGUGUUUAUUCCCACCACCACUCCUGCCCUUUUCCUGCAUGACUAGUAAGAGGAAGCAACAUGGUGUUGUUUUCUAGUGACUUCUAAAAUUUCUGGUAUACUUCUUGGGAGGGGAAAAAAAAAAAGAAGAAAAAAGUCUGUGGAAGUGUUCAGUAUCAGCAGGAAAACAGGCGAGUGGCAGUUUGAUUCUAGAGAGACUGGUGAUGCUGCA